AGAAGCAGUAGUGAUAGCCGAGUGGCGGGGGGCGGCUGUUUCUCAUGCACAAGCACUGAGACUCAGCUUUAGAGUAGUAAUGGGAGUAGUUGCAGUGGAGUUCCGAAUAUUGCUGAGGAGCCGAAGAAACAGCUUUCCACGAGCGCACCAUUUCUGAUACAAAAUCCCACGCAUGCACUACAAAGGGUCCCAGAAUUUCACAGCUCUAAACAUUGUACCAGUGACGUAUGCGGCCAGAACAAGAUACCAUCCAAGUAACGUAAAGCGUGUUGCCCAUAACAGUUUAAAAUGCCAGGGGAUGGAGGAAAGACGGACAUGGAAAGGAUUGGCCUCUUCAGUGAGCUAGGCUAUACUACCAUUGGAGAUAAAUAUGUCACUCCUUGUGCCAAGUCAUUUAAUGAAUCAGCAAGCAAGAACAAGCAAAUGCUUCCUGGGGGCUCCAAAACCAUGGCUAAUAUUUCUGGGGGAUAUUUUGAUGCCGACUUCAGAAGAGUCUUUGCUGGUGAAUCCUACUCAGAUCCAUUUAAACAAAGACGACAAUACCGAAUGCAGCAGGCAAAAAAGAAUUUGGGAAAAGCCUUCAUUCCAACUAGUGGAGAGAAAAAGCCAUCUGGACUUGGCAGCUUUUAUGGAACAUUGGGUGGGCCUGUCCCAGCAUUCAGUUCUGAACUAAAACAAAGGAAAGCAUAUACAGCACCGGGAAAAAAUUUCUACACAAACCCUCCAAAACAUGGCACAGGAUAUGGAUAUCCUAACCUGACAUUCGGAAAAGAGUAUCCGUAUUCCUCUGAUGACUAUGAUGCCUCAAAAGUAAAGAUGAAGAAAGAAAUGGAAAUGCACAAAGCAAAACUUAAGGGUGGCGCUUUUCGAUUAAACAUGCAUCCAGUAGAAUUUUUUGAUGGAAAUCCUUACCGCUCUGAUAAACCUCUCCCACCGCUAAAGAAAAAGGAUGGAAAAAAGGCACCUGUGAAACCUUUUAAGCCAAGCUCACCUGCAAAAGAGGCCGGUGGCAUGAAAGCUGGGACAUUUGAUUUAUAUCCUACUCAUUCGAAUGAUCUUUAUGAAGUUAAGCAGAAGAAGAUGAGUAAACCAAUAAAGACAUUUCAUCCUUCAGCAGGACCUAAAAGCUAUCCAAUACAAAGUGUUCUGGCUGCACAUGUAAAAAGGUCUCUGAACCCAAUAAAUUACAAGACUGUGAAUCUAAUGUCCUAUUAAAUUUAUGAAGCUGCGGAACAUUGAUAAUUGUGUUGUUACUGACAUUCAUAGCUACUGGCAGAUUCACGUUUCAUGAAAGUUGUCACACGGAGUGGAAUUUGGGACUGGGACCUGUAAGACCAUCAG